UUCACUGCGCGCAAAAAUUGGACUUACCACACUCGCAUCCCUCUCUCUGCAUUUCUGUUGCCUCUCUCUCUCCAAACUGUCUAAGUGUCUCUCUGCCUUCAGCACUCCAUAAAGACUACAAGGGCUCAUCUCAAACUUUACCAAAGACAGAAAGUUUGAUUACUUUUACCUUCCUUUUCUCUCUCUGUCUGAGUGCUUCAGUCAUCACUCUGCUCUCCCAUUCAUCCUCUCUCGUCCUGACAACUUUCCUCCUCACUCUGACUGAAGCGUGCGAAGAAGAAACCGGAGCACGUGACAAUUUCCGGAGUUCAAUUUAUUUAUUUAUUUUCUAUUUAUUUAUUUAUCUACCAUUUGUUUGCUGGUUUACCUAUCCCUUGGAUCCGAACCAAAUAUGAAAUUGCUGCUGGAUUCCUCCUCGUCGCUCCUCUUCUCGCUGCUAUUGGCUCAGCUGCCCGUGUUCACGUCUGCCUCUCCAGUACCACAGCGGCGACCCACUGACAUGGACAAACUGUCCAAUCAGACCAAAAAUCUAAUGAAGCUCACCCAAGAACUGCUGAGGGAGCAUGCAUUUGACUCAGACGUGGAGCCCCACAGGUUCAGGUCUCUGCCAGAAAUGAGCAACAGAUCAGCCAAUGACCUCAACAAUCUUGAGCUGAAGCCCACACUCUCUCAGCUGCAUGCUGACCUGAAGCUGUAUGAGCACCACUUUGAGUGGCUGAACAAGGUCUCAAAGAAGCACCACCACCCUGCGCUGCCCAAGCUGGUAGAGAUGAUCAGAGAAAUGAAAUCUCUCAUCAAUCUGCUGCACCGUCAGAUGUUGAGAGUUGAAGCACCAAGGCUGACUCAGGCAACCCCCUCCCUCCCCCCUCACCUCCCCUAUCAGUUUGAUGUCUUGCAGUCCAGCCAUGAGCUUCUUCAACACUUCAAGCUCUUCUGUGAUUGGGCAUACAGAGCAUUCAUCAGCCUCAAGCCCAAAGUCUCUGCAGUGCAAUGACGAUCAAAACCCAUUCAUUCAUUUCCUCUCAACUACAUGGCUGCAGAGCCAGUGAGGACACAUGGAAUCCCGCCUCAGCCAAAGGGGAAUUAGGACUAUGUCAGUGUGCACUGUAGUCGACAGCAUCCCUUAAAAGGCCAAAACGUCAACUAAUGACAUGUGUGUUGAAGAAUGUGUUUCCAUCAGAGCCAAUAAAGAUGAGCUAUACUGCAGCCAGUUACAACCGUUAAGAUUCCUGUUAAAGCAAACUGCCAGUUUAACUAUGAUGAUCAUGUCAUAAUUCCCCAAACUCUCUCCUAAAGGGCCUUGUUCAUGACCAUGUUAUUUAUGUAUUUAUUUAUUUAUUGACUGUUAGUAAUUUAUUUAAUUUUAUUUAUUUGAAGUUGUAAUUUGUCACUCUCAUCUUUAUUUCUGUAUUAACGUGAAUUUAUUUGCCCACAUCUCUGUAAUCUUUCUUUUUGUCUUGUGUCUCACUGAUCCUCAAAAAAAAAAAAAAAAACACAGUAGCACUUCCUGACUUUUGUUUAAUCUACUUUGCAUUUGUGUAUUUCUUUAGCCAAUAAUUCUUUCAGUAGAUGUAGCAUACAUAGGGACAGCCAAGGUUUUCACUAUCUCACUUAAAGUGCCCUUAGAGUAAACAUUUUAGAUGUUAAUGUUAUCUUCUAACCAUGUUAAACGUGCCACGUCUUAACGUAUCAAUUAAAAUUAAUUGUAUACAUCUGAAAAUGUCAAAAUGGUAGCCAAAGAGAAGUGAAUACUUUCUUUUGUACCACAGGCAGAGUCUAUUGUCGUUGCCUGUUUCGAUCUGCAUGAGGAGGCAUAUUUAAUGUUGUGGUAAAGUUGUAUGAAUGUGCCCUGUUGCUAAGAACUGAUGGAUCUCAUUACAUUCUUUGCACAAACUUGUUAGGAUUAGCCUCUUGGAUGAGUGAGAUGGCUGAUUUUAAACCUGUGCUUUGGAGUAGAAAAGUUUGUUUUUGUUAGUUAAACACCCAAAGCCUUAAAAUACUAUGUAUUGUGACACUUUGUUCUGUACAGGUGUACAUAAGUGUACAAUAAUGUAAAUUGUUGUACACAGUGCGUUUGUGUAUUAUGUUGUUUUCUACAAUAUAAUUUAGUACUUUACCAACUUUAUCACUAUAUUUUUUGUUCAUUCCUAAUUUAGUAUUUGUUACAGUAUUGACUAUUUAUUUAAGUAACUUGUUGGAACUAUUUAUUUUGUGCUGCGGUGGAGCAAGUCUCCAUUCUUUUUGUACUUUUAUACAGUUUGUAUUCUUAUUUACUUUUAUUAUACCAUCAUGUUUAAAUUAUUGUUGUAACAUCAAGAUGCCUCUUCCACACACUGAUUGGCCUCAAUGUGAAAUAUGUGCCUUGGUGAAAUAAAUACUAAAGAAUGUGCACAAUG